AUUUCUACCUGGUAGAGUACGCAAACACUUUUAAUCGUAAACAAACUUCGCGGCGUCAGACAAACAACUCUCUUGAUGGCCUAAACAAGUACAGUCACACAGAGGGAGGGUGAUCCAUGGUGCAGCAAAUGUGUAGUGAAUCAUUGACCAAGUUUUGUUGGCAUAAGUGUUCAGUACUCACCUGUUUAGUUUGAUAAGCAUUUGAUCACAAACCAGUCAGUAUUGGAAGCUACAUCUAGGAUAUAAUAUCUGCAAUACUUAGGAUAUUUGUUUGUAAGCAUUUGUUGAUAUUAAGGGAGCAAAUUCAGUAUUGACAAGUAUGGUCACCCCAGAGCCCCAUCUACGAAUUCCUGGAGUGUUAAUGCCUUCAUAUCAGAAACUGAUAAGUACAGAAGAGGGUAAAGCAGCCAUGAAGAGAAUCAGAGUUGAGUGCGGGGUCUGCAAGGCCACACGGUUUUAUUCCAUACAUAGAGGAAUUACUAGAAUUGCUGGAGUAGUUGCCUGUGAAGCAUGCAGGCAGUUCUACCAGCGUUUCAAAAAACAGCCAUGGGUGGUUGAUUGUACCAAAGGGGGAAAGUGCUAUGAACUUGAUGAGACUCCAAAAAAUAAAUGUAAAGCUUGUUGGGUAGCUCACAUUAUUUGCCGUUGUCCCGUGCCAGUCAGUUUGUAUAACAACUUGAUUGGUUAUCUUCCAACGGAGCUGAAGGCAAAGAUGGCAGCCAGACCUCCAACGUCUGACGAGGUUCCUGAAGAAAAGAGAGGAGGUUUAGGGCUUGAAGUUUAUAAGGAUGAGAGCUGGGUGGAUGUUACAGACAAAAGUGAGCUUGCCUCACUGGUUCAGUCCGACGAUGCUGUUGAUUCUGACGAAGUAAAUGAGCCAGAGAUGGAUGUAGACUAUGAGGCAGAGGAAGAAGCAAUAGAGGACCCAGGUGUACCUGAUAGUGAAAAUGAGAAAAUCGGUGGAACUGGCUCAGUGCGGGAAGGUGUAGGAAGGCGAGGGAAGAAAACACGUUCCAAUCAGAUGUUGAUCCUGAUGAAAGGCAAACACCAGGCUCAGAGAAAGGAUCAGGAGUGGUUAUGCCCAGUAGCUGAUAACACACCUGCUACCCCUUCUGUAAUGGCAUCAUUAAUUGAAGGGUUACAUGUAAACAAUCAAAAUAAAUUCAUGGAGAAUUUCAACCCCAAAACAAGUGAGAGAGUUAAACGUAAAAAGAAAAAAGUGCAGUACUUCAACAGCACUGGGAGAACAAAAGCCCCAGGAUCACACUGCAUUUAUGGCCCAGAUGGAACAUUGGCGAGUACAGGAAAAGAUUUGUGUGAUUGCCUACAAGGGGACUGCCCAGGUUGCCAUUAUCCAUGCCCUAAAUGUAAUUCAAGAAAAUGUGGAACAGAAUGCAGGAUGAACAGAAAAUGGUAUUAUGAGAAGGUAGAAGUAGAAGGAACUAAACUUUAUUGGACAAAUGAGUGGAUCAAGAAGCCAGAGAAGUAAACUUAAUUUAUGUUUGAAUAUGUAAUAGAUAUGUUUUAUAGUAGACUCUUAAUGGUAUGAUUAUUUUGGCAAUUAAUUUGCUUUUGCAACUGAAGUUGUAAUUUUCUUACUGAUACAUCAUUUAAGUUUUGCCAUUGUUGUUUUAUCAUAGAAAAGUUGAGUUGCUUUUUUUUUUGUAACAAGGUUUUGAACAAGGGUCUCAAACCGGACAUUUCUUUAAUAAAACUUUUCUUGACAUGACAUAGAAUAGUUCUCAAGGGUGGGAGUCGAUAACUUGUUGAACAUUAUUCUAAAAGAAGCUAGUGACGUCUUCACAUUUUAAUUUGGGUGUUUGACACUUAUUUUUACUCUUGUCUUCAAGUGGCAUGUUUAGUAAUUUGCCCUCUUCCGAGCGGCACUGCCCACCAUCACUUUGCCAAUUUGAGUAAUUAUUUGAAAUAUUUGUAUUGUAUAAAAUAGUAUAAACUCAGUAUGUGUACAAUAUGUGCCGGAAGUUAUCAGAGUUUUAUUCAUUACUGUUGCUACAGUUUAUUUACCACUGAGGUCAUCCUGUGUUUCACCUUUCAUUUUACUCGUUUGUUGUAAAGGUGAUUUAUUUGUAAUUUGCUACUGAUGGUGAUAAUUCAUUUCAUGGUCAUUUUAGCCUGGUGAUCCAUGCAUUACUUUUUUUCUCCAAGUGGGAGAGCUGAUGUUUGCUCCUUUGUCAUCUUAGCCCCAUUAUAUCUGAAUUAAUUAUAAAGAGAAAAUGUAUAAAAUAUAUUUGUCACAAUGAUUAAACUAAGAAGUCCAUAGCUUACAGUUAAUUCCAUUUGUACCAGUAUUAUAAUUACGUGUUGUUAAAGUUGGUUAUUAAAAUUUAGUCAGUGCCCUCUACUGCCCUUCACGUAAUUUCUCCAUCAAACAUCCUCGUAAGUGAUUAAAAAAGAAAAAAAUCUGCAUUUUAUACCUGACAGGGCCUGCAGUAAGGGUUUGUAAGGGUUUUCAUAAGUAUAGUAAUUGAUGUGGGCAAACCAUACAGUUGAGACAAAUAAAGUAGGCUAUGAGGGGAAUAGUGACAAGAACAGAAGUUUGAUCAAAAAUUGCAAACUGUAUCUGCAAACUCAGUCUAUGGUACUGCUUGCACCAAAUUCCCCAGAGGAAGUGCAGUCCAUGAUAAUUGUUUAUAUUACUGUAGUAACGCUUUAUAUCUGCAUGCAAGACAGCAAGACAGAUAUUGGUGCUGUGUCUAAAAGGCAGUGAAGCAGUUUCCUAAAUGAACUGUUCUGUGACCAUAUCUCAAGUUCCAGGUCAUGAUUUUGGCUGCUUUGAUAGUUUCAGUUUUUUUUUUUCUUGCCGUAUGUAUCCCUAUAUUUUUUGUACAGUUAGAAUAUAAAAUAUUGAAUCGGUUCGCUUAAUGUUUCAGACUAAAGGCGUAUGGCAGUGUUGAGCACUUAUUUACUAUUUACAUAAAAUAAGUCUUGACAGAGCUCUUUAUACUGUUCAUAUCUCAGUAUAAUGAAAUAUUUCAUAUUGAUUUGGACAAAAUACUUAAAAACAUGCAUGAAACAAAGAAUUUCCUUAUAGGUUUAUUUUUUAAUGGUUUUGAUUUAUUCUUAUUUUCAUUUUAUAAAAAAAUUCUAAAACUAAUUAAUAUAUUGACCAUAAAAAAAUAUUAUCCAAAUGGUAUAUUUCGUGAUGUGUUGUAAAGUAUCUAGACUGCAUAAGUUAGUUAUAUAUAAAUUUGACCUGAUUUAUUGCUUAUACUUGUGUAGAUAUUUGUGAUUUGCUUGUACUUCUAUAUUUUUCAAAUAUAAAUUGUUGGUAAACUCUGUUUUUAGAUCAAAAGCCCAUUGGGAGUUUUUAGAUCAAAAGCCCAUUGGGAAAUAGUAUUGCAAAUGACAAACUUUUAAUUCUUGGUUAUGAUGGAAAAUGUUUAGAUUCAAAUCACAAAUUUUAAAAAUUAAGUUGCCAUACCACCAGCUGAAAAUCUGGAUCACUGGAUUGGCCAAGAGGGUUUGUUUUAUACACUAAACAAGAAUAAUUAAUAGCUAUGUAAAGACUUAUAGACUGUAUUCACAGAAAAAAGUUAAUAUUGUUGAUGUUAUACUGCAUCUACAGGUUAGAACUGGGUCACAGGGAUUGGCCAUAAGGUAACCAAGUUUGUUUGUAUGAGAAUACAAAACCAGUCUUAGUGUAUAGUGUGUUUAGUAGCAUUCUUAGCACCAGCUACAAACUGUUAUUGAUGGUUUGCAACAAGGUAGUUUACUGGUAUCAUGCGUGUGGCAGUGUACCACCACUUCACCAGUUGGAAGCCUAACACUUUCUUUGGCUGCCAUCACAAGAAAAAUUCUCACAUGUACUCCUGAAGCUUCUCCACUUGAGUGUUUCUUUAUUUACAAUAGUCAAUUAUGUAUACAGUCAAGCCCGGUUUUCAUACGCCUCUCUUUUCAUACGUUUCGGUUUUCAUAGACUUUUUUCUUAUGAAAUUUUGUCUCGGUUAUCAUACGUUUCCUCAGUUUUCGUACACUCAAAAACGCUUCAUCCGGGACCCAGCGUGUGACCAGGCCCUGUAUCAAGCACCCAGACAAAGCAUCACAUCUUCUUUCGUGACCCAUUCUGCUAUUGUGUUAAUUGUUUUUGUGUUUUUUGUACGUUUUUAUUCAAGUGCAACUGCUAAAUAAGCCAUCAUGGGACUAAAGAAAGUUCCAAAUGCUAGCCCUUGUGUAAAAAAAGCGAGAAACAAUAGAAUUUAAGAAACAACUCAUAGCAAAGUGUUGGAGAAAGUUGCAUGCCAAUCUCGGUGAGAAAAUGCCUACAACAUGCACUGUUGUUAGUGAAUUUAAGGCCAGCUGAGGCUGGUUUGAAAAAUUUAGAAAACGAAUGGGCAUACAUAAUGUGCCUACUUCAAUGAUUAAGGACAUGUUUGCAAAGUGAAAUGAUGUAAGAAAUUUUGUGGAGAUUUAUCAUCCCAACAAAGAAGUUGUAAUCUGUGUCUCCAAUAUGUUUAAUGACAAUGCCAUGUUUAAUUUUGGGCAAAUUUUUAAGAAAUGCCAGAAACAAAUGCCAGUAAAAAACGAAGAGAAGUAACCCCAGAUAGGUCCUUGAUACCUAAAGUCCUUCUGGAGGGAGAUUCCCCUUCCAAACAAUACCUCUCCUUUCAGUCUUCCACACACUAACAAAUGUUUUCCAUGAAGGUAAGAGUGAUGUUAAAUGUUCAUUAUUCAUUUUAUUAGUCAUUUAUGUUUAUUUCUCAUUGUUUUCUGUAUGUAAAACUUUAGUCCUUAUAAAAUGUAUUUUUUGUUAAUAUUUUUGGUGGUCUGGAAUGCUUUAAUUGUAUUUACUUUAUUCCUCAUGGGAAUUAUUGUUGUGGUUUUCGUGGGAGGUUCUGGAAUGGGUUAUGUACGAAAACCGGAGUUCCCUUGUAAUUUUAAAGCGAACACCAUGGACAUACAGAGCAUGAUACAGUGUGUGUAUCCUCAGAAUUAUUGUUCUUUUUUCAGGUGAAGGUUUUUUUUUAUUUUUCAUUCAGACUUAUUAAUCAUAACAUUGGUAUCUGCCUCCUUUCUCAACAGUGUUGAUGGUUGAGGUAGAUUUUGAGGAAUUGAGGCUUUGUGGGAUGAGGUGUGGUUUAGGCAUUCUCUAGUUUUUUAGGAUUUACUAGAUGGUGCAGAUAAAGAGAGCCUUUGAUUAUAUGGUUCUUGCCAAUAGUUGUUAUUAUUAAUAACUCCAGUUUUUGCCUGUUUAUUUUUUCAUCUUAACAAUUUGGCAGACAGGCAGUUAUUUUUAUAUGGGUAUAUUUAUUGAUAUUACCUAACAGCAAUUCUGAUUACAAUAACUUCAAAUUUUCAGGGAGCCUUAUAUUUAAGUAGUGUCAAAUUUGUUCCAUAAUACAAACUCCAGAAGUUGGCUAUCCUACCAAUGUUAUAAAAUCAUUGGACAACACAAUUUUGGAACAUUCUUGCAGAAAAAUGUUGAUGUUUUAGAAUAAUAUUAAUUUUUUCCCUAGAUAUAUAGACACUCGUCACUCAACUAUCGUUCAUAUAACUCGCAAAAUUAAUUUUUUGAUAAGUGAGGAGUCUACCCACCCCCAGACCCCUUCUAUGUCUUUCAGUAUAAAGUAUAGUGAGAUGUAAAUAAAUUUACGAUUGCUUAACUUUGCAAACAAAAAAUAAAUUUCUAAAAGUAAUUGUUUUUCAUAGGUAUUUAGUUUGUUUGUUUGUGUGGUGUUUUUACGUUGCAUGGAACCAUUGAUUAUUUAGCAACGGGACUAACGGCUUUACGAGACUUCCAAACCACAUUGAGAGUGAACUUCUAUCACCAGAACAUAGGUAUUUAGUAUACAAAUCAGAGCCUUUCAUAUUAGGAGAACUGUAUCCUUCAGUGCAUGCAGGAAUAUCCAUUUCAUCUUGGUAACAGAUUCAAUGGCUGUGGAGAUUGGGGGUGCGAGGGGGCCGGGAGCCCCUCUCUUUCCACUUCAUCUUUUCCUUUGGCCGCAGGGACAGAGUGGGAUGGCUGAGGUAGAUGCAACUAUAUACGUACUAAAAGGCUCUGGUUUGUAUACCUAGGGUAAAUAAAAAUCACUUUAAAAAUCGUAUUUGUUCCUAAAUUUAUUUGUUAUUUCCACAGGAAUACCAACAUCACCCUUUAUAUUACGACGCUUACCCCUUAGGAACGGGUUAGUCCCUUUCAGUUCCCGGAGUUGGAUUCCACCUGGAAGUGUCAUACUGUUGUGCAUGCAAGUAGGGAAUACAGUUGACCCCCCCCCCCCACUCCCCAAAAAGCAGAAAUCCAUGUUAUGUUGUUACCCUCUCUAAAAAUGCUUAUAACUGCCUAUUUUAAUCAUUCAAACACCAAUUAUACGUUUAACUAUCAUCCCAAAACAUUAUUAAUCAUUUCGAAGUCAUCUUACAUUACCUUUAAAAAUAUAGGGCUUAUGACGACGUGAAAACUAAUCAAGUUCCCUCUAUAUUCAGACAGCCAUUUUCUCUCGUACAGUAUUCAAGCCGUCCCAUGUUCUUGUUACAGUAGAUAGGGAAACAUUGGGAAUUCACAAGUAAAGUUGACUGUACCAAAAUAUUUAAAUAUGCAUUGAAAAAACAAUAUAUUUUUUUAUAUUUUGCCAUUUAAAUUAAUAUCAAUAUUUGAAAAUUAGUAAAUAAUUUUUUUAUCAUAAAUUUAUUGUCACAAAAAUAACAUGAAAAUAUAGUACCUUAUACACUCGUGUAACGUGCAAUCUUGCGUAUCAUACGACCCCAAAAUUUCAACCAUAAAAAAUGAUUUUAUUGUGUAUCAUGCAAGUUCCUUUUUUUUGGGGAGACCAAAUUACAAUAGGCUAACCUCUUUUCCUCUAUCUCUUUAUCGUAUCUUUUCGUUAAGGUAAUAAAGUAUAAGAGAAUGAUGAAGGUAUCGUUAGUAAUGCUCAUUGCAUAAACGCGUACAGUCAUAAACAAUUGCGUAAACGUGUACAGUCAUAAACAACCGAACAAGAAACACCUGUUUUGCUUGCAUUUCAAUCAUUGUACAAUAGUAAACAGUUACUGUAGAUAUGUUACAAUGAUGUUAAGUAGAAUAGGACUGAUAUAUUUUUACAUUAUACCCUUACAGAGUAUUUGCUAAGGAGAAAGGAUUGGCAAGGAAAUAUACUGCUAAAUAUAAGUUGCAAGUUGUAGCUGAAGCUGAGAAAACAAACAAUGUUCAAGCUGCUCAGUUGUUUGGCAUUGGGGAAAGCUGUGUCCGAAGCUGGAGGAAACAAAAAGAAAUAUUAUUGGUAACUCCUUCAUUUAAAUGUGCAAAUCGUGGAUCUAAAAGUAAAUGGCCGCAUUUAGAAGAUAAAGUAGCGAACUGGGUGUCCGAAAACCAAGUAAAUGGUUCUAUUAAAACACAUUCUAAAAUAAGACUUUAUGCAAUUCAAGAAGCAAGAAAAAUGGGCAUUCCUGAUUUUGUAGCAAGUGUAGGAUGGUGUAUUCGGUUUAUGAAAAGGCAUAACUUUGUCUUAAGAAGAAAAACCAAAAUUGCACAAAAGCUACUGGAAGGUCCUGGGAAAGAAAACCAAAAUUGUACAAAAACUACCUAAAGGAUUUGGAAGAAAUAAUCAAUAAUUUCCCAAGCUUUGUAAUCAAACACCGCAAAGCUGAAGACUAUAGAUUAUCGUCAAAACUAUUGGGCAUGAAAAAACAUGUUUUACUGUUGUUUUAAUGUGUAUGGCAGAUGGGACAAAACUUUCCCCCAUGGUUAUCUUUACAUGAAAAUUGAUGCCUAAGCAAAAAUUCUAUAAUGGUAUCAUAGUCCACGUUUGGGCAUCAAGGCCAGGUGGUUUACGGCAAGAAAAAAGUUUACUUGUUUAGGAUAUGUUUAAGUCACAUCUAGUGGACUACGUUUUAAAAGGUGUUCGAUAGACAAGCACUGAUGUAGCUGUUAUUCCUGGCUGUCUGACUAGCAUUGUCCAACCUCUCGACGUAUCCAUUAAGAAGUCAUUUAAAGACGGCAUUCAAAAAAAAUGGAAUAAAUGAAUGUUGGAAGGGGGACAGCACUACAUAUUUGAUACUUAAAAGCAUUUAAAAAAUGUGAAAUACAGACGCUUUGGAUGGGAGUGAAAAUAAAGCCUUAUACGAAGAUGUAGGAGGAGAGGAUGAAAUGAUCAAAGACUAAGAAGAUGAUCAGUAUGAUGACUGCCUUGAUGAAGAAUUCAAAGCCUUAUUUAAUGAUAAGGACAGAUGUGACUUUGGAGGAUUUUAGUUUAUUAAUUUUAUGCAUGUUUUUUACAUUUUUCAACUUUUGUAUGUUAAAAAUAAAAAUAAUUGUUAAAAUAAUAAUUAUUUCUUUUAGCAAAUAAAAAAAUCCUUCAGUAGUUUGCCUAAACUGAUUUGGAAAUCAUAGAUGGUUACUUAGUCUAGAAUAGCUAAACAUCUUGUAAACCUAAACAAUGCAAAUGGCACAUGAUUGUUAUGUUUGUAUUUUAUUAUAAUAUACUACGUAUUAGUUUACUGCAAUCAGCCAAUUUGGAAAGCAUAGACAGUAGUCUUAAUCAGCUAGUCAUUUUAUGGAAAAGAUGCAGUACAUACACUAAUUUUAUAUCAAAUAUGAUGGAACCCCCCUUAAAUUUAGCUUCAAAAUUAGGUCUUCAAAAGUCGCGUGAUACACAAGUACUAUAUACUACAGGCAGUCCCUGGUUAUCGGCGAUCCGGGCUUUGCGGCGCUUGUCUGGCAAUGAUGGUAACUGGAUUGUUGGUGCUCAUGUGCGCCGAUAUCCGCUUAUUGUCUCCAGUUGUUGGUGCCGAUAAGUGCUGUUAUCAGCGAUUUUCGGUUAUCUUGUUGUCAGGAAUGGAACUCCCACCAAUAACCAAGGACUGCCUGUACGGCAAUUAGCAAAUAUUACUCUACGAAAAAAUCAGCGAAUUAGGGAAUGACGGGAGAUGACACACCUUCAGAGAGAUGGCCUAUGAGCCAUGUUCAGCCAUUCCACUUCGGUUCAAGUGUGUGUAGGUCUUUACUGUUUGCUGUAGCUUCAAGAGCUACUUCACCCCCUCUUGCAUUCGUCAUUAGUUUUGCAUCAGACAUCAAGCCUUUGCCUUCGUCUUUUGCUGUAUGUCAUGCCUCGAAUGUACAUCUUCCAUCAGUGUAGCUCCCGCCUAGAUCAUCUUCAUGCUUCUUUCUGUUGUCCCUCUGAGCACAGACGAGUGUUUCUUCAGUUCUGCAGAGUUCCUGGGUUGCUUGUGCUGCCCUUCCUGCAAAUUUCCUUUUUGGGAGCAAUUCCUGGUUGCCAUUUUCAGUGAUGGUGAUGUCGCCAAAGUUUCCCAGAUGUAUUAGCCAAAUAGAUGUUCUCCAACGAAGGCAGAUACAUUGUCAUGCAAUUAUGUGCAUAAGUAUCUUUGAUUCAUGCUGUACAAUCGAGAAGGAAAGGAUAGGGCCCUGAGUAAGCAGAAGCAAGCUUUGCUUUAGCCACUAUGUUGCACAAUCGUGAUGUUGCUGCAUUUUGUCGAAUGUUUUUAGCCAAAGAUUCACUCUCCAAGAAAGAAGAAGCGUGGCAGCACAGAUGUUGCACAGGUGUCCUUUCUAAAUUUUUACAAAACCAAAAGCAACUAUCCUUGGUUGUUUUCACUGACUUCAUCUCCUAAGGCUCUCCCCUGUUUAUACCCCAUCCUCGCUCACAGAGGGGCAGUUUUGGAAGAGAAAAGUAUGUCUCUUCUGAGUGGUCCCCCUCCCCCCCACCAAGGCCCCCCCAUGUGGAGGUUUAGAGAAGAAUGAGACAGCUCUUUUCGAGUUUUCUCCCCUGUUCUCACGAUGAUUGCAUGGACAAUUGGCUGACAUCUGUGGGACGUCUGUAACAGUCGACUGUGAAUGUCCGGAACACAGUACCCACCCAUGUUCGUGUUCAUCUAAGGGGACUUGACAGCAAUUCCUAGAGCGGCUAACCUCCAUUUCCAGUAACGACCAUGUCUAAGUGAACUGGAUUGUUCUCAAAGACCCUUACGACCAUCAUCAAAUGAGACACACCCUUUUAUGACAAGUGUUCAUCCACAGGUUCUUCAAUAUGAUACAGGUAGGAUAGAAAUUUUAGUUUAUUUGUUCUUACUCAACUUUGGUUGUUCCUACACGUAUACAAAUCCUUGGUUUGUACGCAUGGGAAGUGCUCCAAUACAUAAAGGUCUAAUUGUUCCUACUCAGAAGCGGUCUGAGAGACCGCUUCAGCUGACCUCGUCUAAUUGAAACUCUUCCUGGUGUUGUGUUUAAGGAACAGCUUUGGCUGUCCUCUCCCAACCAAGUCCAUAAGAGACAUUUGAGGCAUGAACCCCCGGCUAUGUUCACUCAGCCAGUACCGCUUCCCUCAUAGCAGCUUUUUUUGCAGCUGCAUUAUAUGACUGUCCUUUGGUACCUGUACAAUGUUAUCAUCUCUUCCACACAUCUGUUGCCUUCAUCUACCAUUGAUUCUUCAGACUUCAGAUCAGCUCGACUGUAGUCUGCUCCUCCCCUCUCUGGUUCCCUCAUCCUCUCUUGAUGACUGUUGGAUCAUCAUCUGGAGUAUCAAGUGUUUGAAACUUGUGACUACUGUUCCAUUUAUGUGGUAUACAGGGAACCAUGUGCAUGCCAGGUAGAAAAGUCUGAGCUAGGAUCGGUCCUCUCCUUUUUUCAAGUCACCCUCAGAACAAUGCGUUCUGGAAUCAGUCUUAGCCAAUGGCCUCGUAAAAUAAAGUUUUGUAAUAGAUUUGAAAGGUAUCAGUGAUUUCUCAGUCUUUUUAGAUCACAGAAACAUGAUAGGCAUCCCUCUCAACUCCUACCCUUUCCUGAAAGGGAAAUAAUGUUAAGAAGGAAUAAGAUGCUAAGAAUGCUCUCCUCCCCAUGUGCAGCCUCUGGUGGAGAGUGCAGUUAGACUUAGGUGGCUGGAUCCUGGGUAGUAGAUGUCCUUUGGUAGGAUAUCCAAUUCCCUUUGAUUUCCUACCACUUAACAUUAACCAUCCGGUCCACAAGUUUGUUCCGGCUUGUUGAAGUGUCUUUCCCUGCGGGGAAGUUGAAGGUUGUAGUGUAUGAAAAUGUUGUGGCAGUUGUACAACCUGGCUCCCGAUUUCUACAAUCAUCCCUCUCUUGCAGAUAAGAUGGGUUUUUAGAAAUCAGUCAUACAUUAAAGUUAUUUAGAAAUUAGUCAUAGAUUUAAGACAGAAACGAUACGCUCCAUACUUGCAACCAUCAGAGUUGGACUUGAUUCCUUAGUUUGGUUGGGGGAAGAGUAUUUCCGAAUACUUACCUAUCAAUCCUUCUGCAAGUUCCUCUACUACAUCUCUGGGGUCUUUGUAUCCCUUCAGAGCCAAUGGUUCCAUGCCUUACUCUUUUGUAUGCUUCCAGCCUCUCCACAAAUUUUACAUUUGACUCUUUACCUUAGCUUCAAUUAGGGCAUCUUCAAUCAGGGUACGUUUCCUGAUGUUUAAGUCUGUGUUACAGACUUCUUGGUUUUGGAUGCAGGAAAGUCCAAUUUCUCACACAAGAUUAGUAUCUGCAAGGGUAACGGAUACAGCAGCAAGGUUGACUUUGUCUCAGCAGGGGCAACCAGCUCAGCAGUUGCUAGCCCUGCUUGAUCACAUCACAACCGGGGAGGCCAGUUUCACCUUCAUUCACUUCAUGCAUGUUGAAGGGGUUCUGGUAUGAUAAGGUCUCCUCAUACCUUCCUAUCCUCUCUGAGAGGCGAGACAGGACUUCGCCUAAUGGUGAGAUGACUAAUAUCUGCCUUGUAUUGUUUUUACACUUCCCAGCCAGAUACUGAAUGCUUUAACCAAUUUUAACCUACCCACCAAACCUGCACUUCAAUCACAUUAGUCACCUGCUCUUCAAGGGGGUAGGUUUGGUUAGGUUGAGUACUUAAUCAAACCUAGCCUAACCUACACCUUAACCUAUCAGCUGUUUGCAUCUAGGGGAUGUCUUUUGCAUCCAUGAUUAAGUCUAGGAAUUAUGACUUCCCUUCGUUGUCUGAUUCGUCAGAUCAAGUGUGUGAGCAUAGUUUCUAAAGGUCCUAAAAGCUUUCAAGUACUCAAAAGGCCUGUUGCGUUACCACUUAGGACUUCACCUCCAAACCAAUUGCCAAACUGGAUCAUUAUCACAGUAGCCCUGCCUGUCUAUGCGAGAGUUGUAACACCGAGCAGUAUCAUGCAGGCGAUUAGAGCAGACAAGCAACAGGAAACAUGACUACUGUUUUUCCAUCCCCCUCAAUAUUCCAGAUGGGUCAUAAAUAUCCUAAAACCUGUCAUUGUAGCCCUGGAGGCAUGCCACCCAGUCCUCAUAGUUCUGGGAAGUGCCCCUUUGCAUUUCAGAAUAAGGCAUUUGUCAAAUCAAGUGCAAGAGGGUGACCAGGACGUACUAGUGUUGUAAGUCAGUCCCCCAGUUUCGUCUGGGAUUCCAUUCUGUAGCAUGAUGCAAGCCAGAAAUUUUACAAAAUUGUUAAAAAUGAGAAAUAAAGUGAUGAAAGACUCGUUCAAUCCUGCACAAAUAUUCUUCAGUCACUUACAGUGAAGGAAGAAAAACUAUGUAAUCUGGAACAAAUUUUUUUAAUAUUUGAAAAACACAAUAAGCACGAAAUGAUGUAGGUCGGUUACUCUUGCCCAUGAUUAGAAGCGACCAGACUGUAUCAAAACCUGGCUUUUGUCAUUCUUACACCUUCCUUACAUGGUUACUUCCAUCCCAAUCUAUCUGUCCCGAGAAGUGUUAAUUCAUCCUAGACUAGCAGUUUAUACGUCUUCAACACUUGCAAAUGCUUGUGAGAUAAUGUUCAAGGUUUUGUAAGAAAAAUUUGAGAUGAUGGGUAAAGGGGAAAAUAGGAAUGUGUUGCUGUUGAUAUUUUUUGUUUGUAUGGUGUUUUUACGUUGCAUGGAACCAGUGGUUAUUCAGCAACGGGGUGCUGUCUGAUAGUUCAAUUGCCCCCAGCUACACUUGGAGAUUAUUGUCUGUUAAAGAUAAAAGGUUGUCCUCACAGGAACAAGUUACAAAUGAAGAACUAAUGUAUAUUUCAGGUAAAAUAGAAAAAUUUUUUUGUAAGUUAAGAAUAUCAAGAGGCAGUCAUUCCUAGAUUCAUACAGGUAUCCUAAAAUGUAUUUGCCUAAACAAGGAGGAACAUGGGAUGUCCCAAGGAUACUAUUAGUAUAUUAAAAAAAGUAAUCCACUAAAUCUAAAAGGUUUUAAAAACAUUAAGGUAAGGAAAUGAAGAUUAUGUAGUAGUAUGCUUUCUUUUAUUGUCACUGUAAAAAUAAUUCAAUAACAUACAGUAACAGUUGCACUAAACAAUGGAAUGGCAUAUUACCACGCCCUUAACUAGAGGACUAGAGCAGCAUGGGGUCUCUCCCUCUUUCCAUCUGUCCUUUGCUUUUGCUCGUUUGAACUUUCUCCACUUUCCUAGACUGUACUGUAUGUUCUUGUUAUAAACACAUGACAAUAUUUUUUAUGCAGAUACAGUACUAUCAAACACGUUCUUCAUCUAAGUACAGAUGUUUAUAUUUUAUUAAACAUA